UCCUGUCAUCCUGAAUUUUUCUAUGAUGCCUUAAUGAAGAUCUCCAUGAACAGCAGUUUUUAAAAAUCAUUUUAUGAUACUAGCCCAGUUUUAAGUGGAGUCUUUGUGGAGCCAGUGGAGUCAUGACUACAAAUACUUCUGCCUUUGAAUUUCCCUUCUUUGUAUCUUCUUUUCCUAAUUGUCCCUUGAGAUCCCUUCCCUCCCCCUUCAAAAAAAAAUUGACAUUUGAAAAGAAGAGAAAAAUUUGUAAUAUUAAAUAUAAGGAUUGUCAUUUUUUUUCUUUUUUAAAACCUCUAUCUUUCAUUUUAGAACCAAUGCUAUGUAUUGGUUUCCAAGGCAAAAGAGCGGUGAGGAUUAGCAAUAAAGGCUAAGUGACUUGUCCGGGAUCACACAGCUAGGAGGUGUCUAAGGCCAGAUUACUUCCUGACCCUAGGUUUGGCUCUCUAUCCAUUCAGCCAUCUCACUGCCCUCCAAUAUGUGGUUAAAAAUUUACCAUAAAAAAUACUUUCUACUUGCCCUGUGUUCUUGAAAUCAUAGAAAAUAAAGCAUUCAGGCCCCCUUCCCAUCAUUUAUAUUACAUGUAGCUAUCUUGCAAGCAGAUUCUCCAGAAAUUUGAAAUACAAAAUGGGGGCAGUCAGUGGAACAUCAUAUUAUAGCCACAGCUGAACUCUGCUUUAUAAAAUAUGGAUGUCAAGUUUACUUUGUAACAUACAUUUUGAAAAGCUCCAUCUGAGGAGUUCAUGGGUGACUGCAGCUGGACUUGGCUGCCCGUGAUUAGAUCAGAAUGGUCAUUGUUAGUAUCCAGGUUUCAGAAAUUGUGUAGAAGACAAAGUACACCGAUCAAACAAUUCAUGGUCCCUUCCUCUGACACACACUUCUGGAAACUGAGCAUCUUUGUAUCUGUGGCAUUCAUCUAGGUUGGUUCCCUGAACUUUGGAAUGCUCUUCAGAAUGCUGACCCACCCCCUGCCCAGUGUUCGUCCUCCCUACCCCUAACCCAGAUGCCCAACAGUUAAAUUCUCUGUAAUUAGGGCAGGAUUUCCAGGCCAUCACCUCGGACUGGCAUUUGGUCAGGCUUUCCACAGAAAACUUAUGGCUCUUCUCUCUGCCACUGUGUGGCCUGAGUGAGGAACUUUGAGCCAACCAUUCAGAAGGGACAUACCAAGACCCUGAAAAGACUACUUUAAAAAAGAAAACAAUAAUAUAACCAUUUACAUUUAUUCUGUUUUUUUUUUUACAGUUUCAAGCUAUCUCAGAGCUUGAAAACGCAAGCUUAACAUAUUAAAUCAGAGUUAUACAACAUUCUAUUUAGCUCUAGAUCUAAAAUAGACAUAUUUACCAUUGCUUAUUCAUUCAAAUGCUUUUAGAUCUAGAUGGGGCCUUCCAGUUCCUUCUGAUAUAAAGGAAGCAGCCUGAAGUCUAUGCCUUCGGAUUCUCCUGAGUUCCAAGCAAAUGCUCUCACUCUCUUUACACUCUGUGUAGGCUUCUGCCUCUCACAUCUCUGCACCUUCUCUAGGCUUUAUAAAGUUCAUUGACUGCUUUACAGGCUAUCAGAAUCACCAUCAUUUCCUUGGUUUCUGUUCAAGAGGACUAACGCUUCAGGCUAGGCAUUUCAUCACUAAAGUGACCUCUUAGGGUUAUUGUGAGAAAAGAACUUUAGAGGCACAAAAGUACUCUUAAAAUGCUAGGUAGUUGGGGCCCUCUGGUAUCAUCAUAGCCUUAGUGAGAGGUAGCCUUUGCAUUGGAAGCAUAGCUACCUACCAUUCCCAUUUAGUAAAGCAUUUUUGUUCAAGGAGUUCUGUGAAAUUCUCAAAACAAUGUUAAGUUUAUUCUAAUUGUAUUUUUGUUUUCAGCUCCAAAUUCUCCCUCUCCUUCCCAUUCACCCCUUCUCGUACCCAUUGAGAAGACAAGAAAUGCAAGACUAUUCGAAGUCAUGAAAAACAUUUCCAUAUUAGACAUAUUUAUUUUCAUUUUCAAAAUCAAUUUGUAUUAUAGAGGAGCAAGAAGAUGUUACAAAAUUACAUAAGCAGUGAUCAGAUACAUCUCACUUAGCACAAGGUUGGGAAUAACUUGAUUAAAUUAUAUGACCUUUUAAGAGCAUCUCCAACAUAGUCCAGAAAGAGUCUCUUUGUAGGAGAUUAACUAUCUUUCUACUCUUGGCCUUUCCCUUUGUGCAAAAGAAAAGAGUGAAGAGAUAGAUCAGAAUGGAAAAAAAGCCCAAAGCUCUCCGCAGUAGACCUGAGGAUACAAAGACAAAACUGGAAUGAUCCCCACCCUCAAGUGGCUUAUAACCUAUUGAGGUAGAUAAUGCAUACAUAGUUAUAUGCAAAAUAUAGACAAACAUGUAAUAGCAGUAUUAUUUAGCAGUGACUUAACAGGGAUUUGCUUAAAAGGAGAAAUACUUAUGGAACCACAAAUUCAGAGCCUCAUCUGGUCCAGCUGGAACCCCAUCCUCUUGACUAGGAUGUCAUGCUCCUUUUCUCACCCCAAAUUUGAAUAUUUUUGUUAGGUCCGUGGCAUGUAAGAUGAAGGCAAGUUGGGUGGGAAGUGUCAAGAAUAGAUUAUGAAACUCAGAUUUUGACUAGGAAAGUAUAAUGUAUCAAAAUUUACAAAAAUAAAUCCAGUCAUGCCCAUAUCAGCUGAAAGAGAACCCAGUUCUACCCAUGGGGGGGUUAUAUGGGGGGAAAAAGUUGUUCCUAAGUUUCAAACCAUCUGCCAAGCAAAUACUGGCUGUAACAUUUUUGAAAUCUGCCAGCCCAGUAAACGAUUCAUCUCCAUUCCCAAUAUCCAUGCUCCUGUGUGAAACUUUCCCCAGUCUGCCUCUGUUGUUCUGGCUGAUUGAAUUCUUUGCUUAAGAUGGCCCUUAUUUACCAUAAUAAAUGUCCCAAAUGUAAGAGUAGUGGUUUGGAUAGUGUAGUUGUGCCCCUGUAUCUGCUGAUUCAGUUAAUAGUAGGUAUUCACUAGAAACACAGAAGAAAAACAGCUGCUUGAUCACAUGGGUCAAUGGGGAUAUGAUUGGGGAUGUUGACUCUAAAUGAUGACCCUAGUGCAAAUAUCAAUAAUAUGGAAAUAGGUCUUGAUCAAUGACACAUGUGAAACCCAGUGGAAUUGUUCAUUGGCUAUGGGAAGGAGAGGGGAGGAAAAGACAUGAAUCUUGUAACUAUGGAAAAAUAUUCUAAAUUAAUUAAAUAAAUAAAAUUUUCCAAAUUAAAAAAAAAAAGGUAGGUAUUCACUUAUAUCUACGGUAGUAGUUCUUGGAGUGUAUCCUCUGUGCAUAAGGGAGACCUACUGUACAUUACAGAAAAGGGAAUGCCCACCAAAAUAUAAAACUGAAAUAUCAUUCAACAGACCCAAAAAUAUCUAUCAUUUUAAGCCAGUCUACCUUCACAUGAUGCUCAGUGCCUUCCAUAUAAUACUCAUAAAGUAUUUGUCAAAUGAAUGAAAAAAAUGAACAAAUGUGCCACUUAUGUAAUAAAACCAGUUUUGGAAAUGGGAACUGCCCUUCAUUUGAGAUUUCUUCCCUCACUGGCAAGGAGUCACAUUCUAAAGCCCUUAGGUGCAGGGGAUUUGUCCAGUCAUUAGGAUUCCAGCUCCUUUGUGAGAUGCUGUGGUCUACUCCAGGAUGGAGACAAAUCUUUGUGUUCCCUGGGGAUCUUCUGCUAGAGAUCAGCAACUUAACAAGAGAGGUUUAGACUACUUCUGAGAGCUCCUGGGCUUGAAGUAACUUCUAAUAUGUAUUGAUGGUCCCUAUCCAGUGGAUCCGGUUGUGCUUUUAUUUAAUUGAGAUCCAAGUAUUGCUUUAGAGAAACAGUGGCGAAGAUGAUCAAGAAAGAAGGUGGGCUAGUCGGGCUUCAGGCAAAACCAAGGAAUAACCGACCUUCACACUUCAUUGGUAUCUAUGCAGUUUCAAGGAAAACUAGAGAAGAGAUCCCAGGAUGUUCGAUCCCCAGUGGAGGAAUCACAGUAUUAGAUAAUGGGAAAUGGAUGGUUUAUGGAAUGAAUCAUUGCAGGAUGUCCUCUCUCCCUCCCUCAUUGAUGAGAGCAGAGAUCCACUGAAUACACCCAAGAGUCACAAGAAUAACCUAGUGAAUAUCUCUCUCAUUGGGGGACUAGUAGUUUGGCCAUAUGACUAUGCAGUAAAUAAAUAUGAAGAGUCCAGUUGGGAAAAGCCAGUUUAUAGUUUAACAGUCUUUCUGUGGGAAAUAUCAGCGAGUCUACAAGUAUGGCUAACAACUCAAUAAAUAGUUAAUAAAUAGCAGGCCCCUUUUGUUGUUGCUGUUAUUGAGUCAUAUCUGACUCUUUGUGACCCAGUAGACCAUAGAACACUAAUUCUGUCUGUGGGGUAUUCUUGCCAAAUAUACUGAAGCUUUUGGCUAUUUCUUUCUCCAGUGGUUAAAUUUAGACUUACCCAACAUCACACAGCUAGUACCUUUGAGACCAGAUUUGAACUCUGGUCUUCCUGACUCCAGGUCCAACUCUAUCAUUGAGACCACCUAGUAACCUCCUACUGCCUGUAAAUUGAGAGGCACUGUAUCAUAAUACUAAUAACUAAUAAUUUUAUCAUCUUUUUAUAACACUGAUAGUUUAUGUAGCUCUUUAAAAUACACCGAGUGAACUUUAAAGAGCUAUAUUUGUAUCUAUAUAUAUAUCCAUACACAUAUAUUGUGUAUAUUUUAAAAGUAUAUACACACAGACACACAUAUAUGUUGUAUACUUGCUUUAUUUUCUAUAUAUUGAUUCUUACAGCUACCCCUCCAGGUAGAUGCUUCUAUUAUUCCCAUUUUACAGAUGAGGAAGCUGUUAUGGACUUAAGUGAUUUAUCUCAGGUUACAUAGCAAGUAAAUGUCAAAAGUAAGAUUUAAAUUCAGAUAUUCCUUAUUCUGACUUCAAAACUCAUCAGGAAAACCUGUGUUUAGAUCCUGCCUUUGACAGAUACUGCAUUUGAGCGACUAACUUUUCAAUACCCCAAGCAACUCUGAGACACUUUGUCUCAUGGAUCCAGAUUUUUUUUUAAUGGUCAAGGUAUAGAAUUAGUGAUGGGCUGGAAACAAUAAAGAGAUGUGGGUUACUAAAAGCUGAGAAAAAAUAGCUCAGAGGGAGGGAGGGGUCUUCAAAGAUCAGAUGUAAGACUGAGUUAGAGGGAGAUUGCUGGACCUAUUCAGCCACAAACUGAUAGCAGAUUGAGAGCAUGGUUGUUUAUUCUUCAUAGUACAUCAUCCUGAUGGUUCUCCAAAAAGGGGAAAUUGUGUUUGGUACCCUGUAUUUGUGAAGGCAGGGAUGGAUGUGUCUCAGAAAGAUUCAUAUCCAAAAAUGGUUUUAAAAAAUGUUAUAGGGCUUCAGGAUUCAAGCUCCAGUUAUCUAAUUGAGUUCAGUUGAUACAAAGCCUGUGAGGUGUUGCUGUUUUCUCUGAGUACAGAUACCACCCUAAUAAUUGUCAGUUAGCUUUUUAUUUCAUCUUGUUCAGCCUAGCCAAUGUAUCACGCCAGUUGUGACAGCAUACAGGGUGUUCAUCUGUGGUGGUUGCACAGCUUUGGUAGAAUCUGUAAACAUUUCCGUGACAUCUGUCUCAGCUUGUACUGGGUUCCUUGACCUGUAGCUACAGUUUACCAUCGUCCCUUUCAUUAGGAGCGACAGCUUUGUACGUGGCCGUAAAUUGUUUUUGUCUCCCCAUCAUUGUGUUAUCGCUACUUUGAUGUGUGAUCUGACGAUGGCACGGAGUUUCUCUGGGUGGGUGGCGCUCAGAUUCAGGUGCCAUGAGCCCGUGUGUUUUACUUGCAAGUUUUCUCUUUCCUGCCUGGUGCUUGUGCAGAAAUUCUAUUAACUGUUAAUAGCACAUUCACCCAGAAGAAGUGAUCCUUUCUGCAUUUACCUAUGGCGCCCAAGUAGAAAUUGCCAACCCUUUGGUAGUGGGAGUUGCUGACAUGAAGAUUUUGAUCACUUUCCCAUUUGGGCUUCUCAUAGAUUCUAUAUCUGUAUUUGGGGGAAAAACAAACCACAAAAUCAGCUUGAGACUUCAUGCGUUUUGUUUGGGGGGAGGAGACAGGGGUAACCAUUUUUCGAUCAGUCUCUGGGUGAAUACCUAAAUUGUCUGUUCUGGCCCAUGGGGGAGCUCAUUUUUAUUUGUAUUUUAUACGCCAGUAUGUAUAUGUAUGUAUGCAUACAUAUGUACACACAUAUAUGCUACAUACAUAGAUAUACUUUUUUUUUAAUUGAAGAAAAAGAAACCCUACUGUUGUACCACAACCAUUUUAACAAACUGUUUGUUAUUGUAUCCAGGUAACAAGCAUGGAUCAGACCGCGAAGGACAAAGCUCUGCAGCACAUGGCGGCCAUGUCAUCAGCCCAGAUAGUCUCAGCAACUGCCAUUCACAACAAGCUGGGACUGCCGGGAAUCCCACGCCCCACAUUUCCAGGCGCACCAGGGUUCUGGCCAGGAAUGAUACAAACAGGUCAGCCAGGAUCUUCACAAGAUGUCAAGCCCUUUGUGCAGCAGGCCUAUCCCAUCCAGCCCACAGUCACUGCCCCCAUUCCAGGGUUCGAGCCUACAUCCGCACCAGCACCCUCAGUUCCUGCAUGGCAGGGCCGCUCUAUUGGAACAACCAAACUUCGACUGGUGGAAUUUUCAGCGUUUCUUGAACAGCAGCGAGACCCAGACUCAUACAACAAACAUCUCUUCGUCCACAUUGGCCAUGCCAACCAUUCUUACAGUGACCCAUUGCUCGAAUCAGUGGACAUUCGUCAGAUUUAUGACAAAUUUCCUGAGAAGAAAGGUGGUUUAAAGGAAUUGUUUGGAAAGGGUCCUCAGAAUGCCUUCUUCCUUGUAAAGUUCUGGGCGGAUUUAAACUGCAAUAUUCAAGAUGAUGCGGGGGCUUUCUAUGGGGUAACCAGUCAGUAUGAGAGUUCAGAGAACAUGACCAUCACCUGUUCUACCAAAGUCUGUUCCUUCGGAAAGCAAGUAGUGGAGAAAGUAGAGACGGAAUAUGCAAGGUUUGAGAAUGGCCGAUUUGUGUAUAGAAUAAACCGCUCUCCUAUGUGUGAAUAUAUGAUCAACUUCAUCCACAAACUCAAACAUUUACCAGAGAAGUAUAUGAUGAACAGUGUGUUGGAAAACUUUACAAUUUUGUUGGUGGUAACGAACAGGGAUACACAAGAAACCCUCCUCUGCAUGGCCUGUGUAUUUGAGGUUUCAAAUAGUGAACAUGGAGCCCAGCAUCAUAUUUACAGGCUUGUAAAGGACUGAGCACGGUUAUUUAUAUAUACAGAUACACACACAUACACACACACGUCAUCAUGAAACUACAGACUGUAAACCUCAAUCCUGAGUGGCAGGACCCCUGGCCCAGGGGGGCCCCCACGGUUUUCUAAAUCCUGUUGGAGUCAUUUUUCAUGUGUUCAUAUAUCAUUGUAGCUGUGAAAUUCUGGUACAGUUGUAAAGAAAUUUUUCUUUCUAAAACAUUGUGUUCUUCAGAUUUGUAACCCAUAGUUCUUUGGGAAAGAUGACACUUAAGAAGCUGAGGUCUCUAGUCUGGGGAGACCAGUUUUUAAUUGUGGUAGAAAAAUGUAAAACAGAAGCAUUUGCCAUGGGAAAUUUACAGCAUUUAUACAAAUGUAUUUAGUUUGUUUGUUUUUUUCCAACAUAAAAUACUUGUUUUAAGAUGCAAGUAAAAUUAAAGUGAAACUUUAAGUAUAAAUGUAAAUGAGUACACAAAGUGAAGAAACUUUAGAAUUAUCUUUGUAACUAAUUAGGGUGAAACGAAUGUAAUUCACUAAAUUAUUUUUUAAACGAAACCUUUUUUUUUCCUUUUUGAAACCAAAUGUUAAAAUGUAGCCUUAAGAAAUGCUUGGUAGGAAGAACCUAAUGAGGCAAAAUUGUAUUUUUUUCCUCACCAUUUAAAACUAAUUCUCUAAUCCAUUAAACAUCCAAACAGGUAUUGCAAAGAAAGAAAAUGUCAUCCCUUAUACAUAACAUAUAGAGUGUAUUUAAAAAUAUAAAACUGUAUUGUACUAAUAUGAAGAUUUGAUUAUUUAAUGAAAAAGAUGGCUUGUUUUGCAAUAAGUAGGUAAAUACUGAAAUUCUAAACUUACAUUGUAGUCGUGUGUGCAGUUAUAUUUUAUAUGGACAACUAAAUUUUCGAUUAAUUUGAGUUGAAGAAUUUAAAACACUGAAAUUACAAGUAACAAAAUGAGAGUUAAAAAAUUGGCAUGAAUACUGCACUGUGAGCUGCAAAGUAGAGAGUACUGUGGUGGGAAGAAGAUUUCAUAGACCAAACUCCAAAAGGCUCAUCUGCUUUAGUAUGGCUGCUGCCCAGGAUAUCACAGGCCCUCCCCCAACCCCCCCUGAGCUUUUCUAACAAACCCAUACACACUUGAAUAUCUAAGGUUCCUGCAUGAACUCAGACAGGCAUUUUCUGAGCAUCUCCGCAAACCCUUGGAAUCUUUUGUGCCAACUCCUUUAAGGUUUGGGCACACCAUUUGUGACUAACCUUAGUGCAUGCUCAUUCUUCUGAAACAAGCUCAUUUUGAGGGUUCUUUGCCUUUUUGAGACUUAACUUCCCUCUUCAAAUACCCCAAAAAUCAGCAGGUAGAGUUGGUAGGGAGAGUAAUAACCUCGCUUAGGUUCAUUCUACUCUGAUACUAUGUAAGUCAUUAAAAUAUCCAGAUUACAGAGCCUGGUGCUCCUUCCUUCCUUCCUUCCUUCCUUCCUUCCUUCCUUCCUUCCUUCCUUCCUUCCUUCCUUCCUUCCUUCCUUCCAUUCUUCUUUAUUAAAUGCAAAUUUUGUGCCACUUAACAUCACACAAAUAAAAAAUACCCCACAACUACAGAGUACAACCCCUUAACCCAGCCUGGCAUAGAAGACAUAGAACCAUAGAUUUAGAGCUGGAAAAGGUCUUUGUCAUCAUCUGUCCCAAAUCUUUCCUUUUGUUGAUGUGCAAGGGUCUCCAGAAGUCUAGACUUUUUCCCAAAUCUUUCUUUUUGCAAAUCAAGCAACUGAGUCCAAGAAAGACCUAGAGACUGUCCUAGCAUUACAUAGCCAGUGUGUAGCAGAUGUGAACUCGGGUAUUUUGAAUCCAAAUUUCUCUUUUCCUGACACACCAUAUAUUUCACAAAGGUGUGCACUGUGUCCUUGGGAAGGCAAGAUGGAAGACAGAUUACAGAUUAUACUGUGGACGCAGCCAUGUCUUCUGAGCUGGUGAACAAAUGGUUCUGGGUUCCAAUCCUUUAUUGGCCUCUAGGCUACAUGGCAUGGCUGCAGUAGGACAAAGUCCUUCAAUGUACUCAACUUGGGACAGAUGCAGAUGUUUUACUGCUAUUUCUAGAGUCCAUUUGGCCCAUGCACAGCCAUUCCCAGGCAAUUCUUUAUUUCAAGGCUGCAAGAUUACAUCUUCUUGUCCUGUGGCUGUCCCCAAAAUACAGGGUCUCCCAAAAGUGCAGCUUUAAACCUAAAUAGCUUAAAACUGAACCAAGACUUUUCGUGUCUCACCCACCUUCUUCCCAUGGUGGUCCCAUUGCCCUCUUAGGCAGUUAUACCUGGAGGGAGGCAUAGGUCAUUGUGUGUGGCUAGCAAGCAGAAAGUAUUUUGAUCUAUUUUUCUAAGCCCACACAAAAAUUUAAAAACCCCACAGAAACUUAGAAAUAUCAGAUGGAGUGGCGCUAGAUACAGGGGAUAAAAAAGAACACUGCUUACUUAGUAUCCCGGGCCUCUCCUGCUGGCUUCAUAGAGCCCUAGUCACAGUUGUUGACUUGGAUGCAUCUCUGACUCAACACUACUUGUAACAAACCACUCAAGUGGUUUUUGACAUGGAUUCCACCUCCAUUUUCCUUCUGUUUCUUAAAUCUUUGUUUGGAGCUUUGGGUGUGACUUUGGAGAUGGGUGUUUUAAAAAAUUCUGAUAUUUCUCAUCUCUUUUAAAAUUGGGGAUGUUUUUUAAUCCUUUUUCUUUUCAAAACUAAAAUUUUUUCUUAUUUAGCACUUCUCAGCAGUGGGCUAGAGACCUACCAGGUGUGCUUUGACCCCCUUCAGCAGCAUCUUCUGUGUUUCUUCCAUUCCUUUCUAGCAACCCAUCCUCUCUUAAAUGCAUCUGAAAGGAGCUGCAGAAUUCUAUUGGAGAUCCUCUUGCAAGAUCUCCUUCAUUAUCUCUUCUUCUACAGUAUUCUGGUCAUAGAACCAAAACCCUCCGGGAGUGAGACCCACAUACUCUUAAAUAUUGGUCCCCUCUGCUUUCUGUUGUUGUUCAUCAUUUCUUAGUCAUGUCUGACUCUUCAUGACCCCAUUUGGGGUUUCCUUGGCAAAGAUACUGGAGUGGUUUGUCAUUUCCUUCUUGAGAUAAUUUUACAGAUGAUGAAACUGAGACAGAUAGGGUAAAACGACUUGUCCAGGCUAGAUUUGAACUCAAGAAGAUGAGUGUUCCUGAUUCCAGACCCACUGCUCUACCCACUGUACAACACUGCCAGUCCUUCUACCAUGCCAGUUUUCCAAAGGGAGUUUGGGUCCUCUCCCAUUAUUUCCUGAAAUCAGUGUAUAUUGACAGAAGAACACUAGGCUGGGCACUGAGGAGAGUUGAGGAGCUCAGAUAUAACUAUCCCACUUCCUCUUGUUUUGGAGACUGUCUCAAAUAGAAUGUUAGCACUAGUAAGGCCCUUUGGAGGUCAUCUAGUCCAGCAUUUCCCAUCCCAGACUAGCCUGACCUCACAGGAGUGAUGAUGGGGACCUGGGAAGAAAGAAAUUGAAGUGAAUGAAUGCCCAGGAAUGCAGAAAGGAUGACAGUCAGCAGGUUUGCUUAAGUUUAGAGGUUUUAGGAAGGAAAGGACUUUAGCAAUCAAAGGUUUUGACACUGAUAUUUGGAGAGCAAUGAUUUGGUCCAACCUACCAAUUUACAAAAAAAAAGAAACUGAGACCCAAAGAUAUUUCAGGAACUUUCCCAGAAAAGCUGAGACUAGAGUUUUCAGGACCCCUUCGAUCCCAAUGCCCCUUUCCAUCACACAUUGCCACAUCUUGGCUUCAGGUCCCAGCAGAGAUGGGUAAGAAAUAGGAGAUUCUAGUUCUUUCACUAGCCAAACCCCAGUAACCCCCUCCACUCCAUCUUAUAGAUGAGGCCCACAAAGGUUAAGUGAUUUGCCAAAGGUGGUGGAAAAAUAAACAGGUAAAGAGAUUCUGUUUGACAAGUUACAAUAUAUCAUUUGUGCCAGUCUUUUCCCAGAACAACUCCUUUAUAAAUUGCCUUCUUUCUACAAUGAAGCUCUCUUCCCUUCCUGAUAGAAAUGGUGAAUACCUGGUUCCCUGUUGUCCACUCUCACUUAUGGAAAGAGAGGCCUUUUUUCUUCAUCAUCUUUUCCCAUCAGUCCUCAAAGCAUUCAUUCCUAGUAUCUUCACCAUUUUGGUAAAUUUCCUAUGAGCCCCUGCCAAGGCUUCACUUCCUAAGGACAUCCCAUGAGUACUUCUAUUGAUGCUUGAGGGGAAAGAACUCUUUUUUUUAAUCCUGAAAAAUUUAGAAGGAAGGGUCUUGACUGGGAGACAGAGGUCCCCCAGACUUUGAGAGAGAACAAAUGGCACAAGGAGGGAGCCAGUUGAGAUCUGAGAGGCUUUGGAGGAAGCAGAGCAAGAUUACUGUUUUAUAGAGGCAAUACCCAUUUUGCUAAGAUACUAAGAUCUUUCUGAAUUUCAUCUGGUGCCAGAUGGCUAAGGACCCUGACCUAUAGUCCCCUCAUUGAUAUGUACGCACAUAGUAAAGCCAAUGAGCCUUUUAGUUAUCAUUGUGUAUGGUUCACCUUCCGCCAUAGGCUCCCGUAGACAAGUUUCCAAAGCUGACCAUCCCAUCAGCAAGAGCACGGCAUCCUGACAGCCCAAAGGUCACCUCUAUUCUAAAACUACUUUAUGAACCUAAAUCUCCUUUAAGACUCCGAUACUAUAGUAGUUUUAGUGGUUUGCUUUUGUAGAACAGUCAAUGAUUUGAAUUGUAUAAAAACAGAACAGUCCAUUUACAAACCAGGUACAGUUUUCUAUGCUCCGGUACUGCAUCUGUCUUGACGUCAGGUUUCUCCAAGCCUGGGUAUCAGUGUUGUUCAUGUGUCAUUUUAGGAGGAAGUGUUUGCUCUGCUUUUUCUUCACCUUUUUUCUGUACGUGGCUAAGCCCUGCACACGUUCAUUCUGAAAAGCCUUAAAUCCUUGGGAUGUUCAACGUGGGGUGUGUGGUACAAAAGGCUGCCUGGAAACUGUGAGCCCUUUUGUAAGCUGGAAGCAUUUCUCUUGUAACUGUUACUUUUCUAGGAACUUUUCAAUUCAGAGCUGCCAAAGCAUUCCAAUAUGCAGUGCCUUAGAGUUCUCUUAGACAUAUGUGCCACCAGCCUUUUCGUAGAGCCGUUCUCAACUUUAUUUUACAAAUUGGCUCCAAUCAAAAAAAACAAACAAACAAACACCUGUUUUCUUUGGUUCCACAGGAAACUUUUUUGACUCCUUGGUCUAAAAACAUGAAAUUAUAUACAAGUUGAUCCCAUCAUUAUGCUCUUAAAUGUAUAUACCAAAAUGAAAGGUUACAACUUCAUAGUUUUCCAUGAAAAGUACUUAUGAUGCUGCCUUUUGAAUUUCACGACCAAAUACUUAACUAUUUUUGAAUCUUCACUCUAGCGUGAAAGUGCCUUUGGUUUGCCGUUCCAGCUUAGAAAAGUGCUGCCAUAAUGAUGAUAAUUUGUAGAGAGACCAAAAAUAUUUUGAGAUCACCGUAAUGCCUUUGGUUUAUUGGAAUGAGGGGAAAAAAAAACACACAAAACUCUAGGCCUCCAUUUACAAGAGAGCACUGUGUAUGGUAACCUGCUUGCCACCAGUCGUCAGAUAGUCGUGUCCGGAACCUUCUACUCUCCACCAUCAUUUUACAGCCGUGAAGACCAGUAACUGGGAUGUUAAUGUAUUCAGAUUACCCUUUUCAGCUCCUUCCCCAGUCUUGGGUCUGUGGAAUGUGAUAGCCACAGAAACCAUUUGUCAGUGGACAACUGUUACAACUUUGGGUUCAUUUAAUCUCCCUUCUGUUGAGCAUUUCAGUUCCUAUGAAGGCUUUCCUUUUUUGAUCAUAGUUCUAGUGUGCACUUAUUUUGUUUACAGAGUUAGACUCUUUGGAAAGUUGGAAGCACCAGACUGAGAUGAAAGUACAGAACCAAAGUGAAUUAGGGUAAAUCAAAUCCGAACCAGCUUUUAAUUAGCCUUGAAAUGUUGACUCUUGAGUAUGAUGUCUGAAUGUGCUUUGAAAAAUCUCCCAAAGAGCACCAUUCACAACUCAACAUUUUCAAGAAAUGUUUCAGCCCCAAGGAAGGCAACUCCUUAAAAUUAAUGUCUGUUUUUGUCAACUUUUGUGAUCUGGGCCAUAAGGUAUAUGGAAAGUGAACAUGAUGGGGUUGGGCGAGGGGACCAGGGAAAAACACCAGCCCAACCAAAACCUGGAAGAGAGAUGUUUUCAUUACAAACACAGUUUUACAGGUGAACUUUUGACAUGUAUUGUCUACUCCUACGUUGUGUCUAUCAUGAGAAUAUUCUUACUAAAUUUGACAUUUUUAUUUUAGAUAUCUUGAUUUCUGUACCUCUCUCUCCAUCUUCUCUCUCCUUCUAUUCCUUAUACUAUGAAGAUUUGCAUAUCUAUCUGGAAUGCCACCAAAUUUAGGCCAUUUCUAUUUAAACACUACAUAAGCUAAUUAGCUUCUUGGAUUUCCAAACCAUAGAUCUUGGUAGUACUGCACUCUGCCUUGAAAGAAACUGAAGCUCUCACGAUAUUUGUUUCCCCAUUCGUCCCUUUUUCUCUAGCACAAUUUCUUUUGGCAAUGGUUUUCCAGCCUGAUUACACCCAUUACCUAUAGCUUUCAAAGAGAAGCUUGUGUGAUUAAUGUUUAACUCAAGUAGUCAGCUAGCAGAAGUCAACACACCAUGAGAAUAGUUGAAAAACUAGUUAUUUAUUUUCUAAUCCUGACUCUUUGGUUUUCUUACGCUCUGUGAGGUUGGAGUCCGCAUACUCUGAAGUGUUUGAUCUCAUUUUUUAAAUGAUGUUUAAGCUCUCUAUCAUUCAAAAGCUAUCGUUAUAGAUUCCAGUUUCAGCCCUCUCUCAGGUUGAACAUUUUUGUCUGCCUUCAAUUAUCAGAUUGUGCAUUCUUUUUCUUCUUCUUCUCCUCCUCCUCCUCCUAUUUCUUCUGAAAAAGAGGCUGUUAGUGUUAAAGUACAAGCCAAUUGGAAACCAGUCUCUGACUUUCCAGUUUCAUAUUUGUAAUCUUCAUUGUGUCAAUUCGCUAUUGAAAGCCCAUGGUUGACAAAGGAUGUUUUUCCCUGUUACCUCCUUGAAAGACACAUUUUUUUUUGGUGGGCCUUUUUACUUCAGGCUCAUGACCGCAGACAAAUAAAUAAGUAAAUAAAUAAAUAAAAUACAGUACGUGCCUGAAAAAUGACAGAAGAAUUUUAUAACAUUAAAAAAAAACCUGAAUAGCCUUUAAUUCUUUACUAUCCGUACAUUUUACGUAAACCCGUUGUUGCCAUGUGCAUCUGUUCACGUUGUAAAUGACUUAAUGGAAUUCUCACUUUAUGUUUAUUCGUGUAAUAUGUAUAAAAAAUGGGUUUGUGACAUAAGCAUAUUCAUAUAUGGUCAGUGGUUACUUUAUGAUUGUACUGCUGCUGGUGACUUGAUGUGGAAACCAUCUUUUGAAAAAGCGUUUCCUUUUUGUUAGAUUGGGGGGUGGGGUACCCUUUCAGGGGAGGGAGGAAGGGCGGGAGGGAGGGCAAAGAAAAUCUCACAUAUUUCUUUAACCUAAUGGCAGAAAUUUCCAAAAGAAGUUCACUUCAAUCUCUUGGCAGUACAGUAUUCUUGUAUUUGUUAAUGUCUGUGUGUAGGUACUGGUACCUUUUUUGUUUCAAAAUGUUUUAAGUGUUGGCUUUAAAGUGAAUUUAUCUUUAGUAUGAUAGUAAUAUGAAAAUUAUAGGGUUUGUGUGCAGAGAAUUUUUUUAUAAAGUGCUUUGUAAAAAAAAAAUGUAUUCUAGCUUUCGCGGUACAUGUGUGAUAACUUUAAUAUCCAUGCCAGUUAAGUGCAAUUAUUUCAUCACUCUAAAAAUGCUAUUUUUGUGUCAGUUACAGCAGGUGUUUUCAUGUCUUUGCAAAGUGACACAUUUUGAUGCCUUCUUGAGGAAGUGGUAGACUUUUUGUAGCUUUCUAGAAACUUUGUAUUCAUACCGUAUCAAUUGAAAAUAAAGAAAAUCAAAGUGUGGGUCAA